UUGAGGAGAUCAUAAUUAAGUGCUUUGUCCUUUUCUGGUUUAGCGCUGCAAACCUCCCUCCUAGGAGUUUUAGUCCUGCACCAUCUUUAGACUGAAAACUCCUUGAGGAUAGUGUGUCCUAUUUGACUUUGCACUUCAGUAUCUGGUGUGUGGAAGCACUCGAUGACUAGUGAAUGAAUCGGCAGGAGCAUCUGAAGGCUAUCGAUGAUGACGUCAAUGCUUUUUUGGACAAUAUGUUUGGACCACGAGAUUCUCGAGUCCGGGGGUGGUUCCUGUUGGACUCGUACCUUCCUACCUUUACCCUUACUGUCAUCUAUCUGCUCUCAAUAUGGCUGGGUAACAAGUACAUGAAGAACAGGCCUGCUCUUUCUCUCAGGGGAAUCCUCACCCUGUAUAACUUCGGAAUCACACUUCUUUCUGCAUAUAUGCUGGUGGAGCUCAUCCUCUCCAGCUGGGAAGGAGGCUACAACUUACAGUGUCAGAACCUGGACAGUGCGGGGGAAGGUGAUGUCCGGGUGGCCAGGGUGCUGUGGUGGUAUUACUUCUCCAAAUUAGUAGAGUUCCUGGACACCAUUUUCUUUGUUUUGAGAAAAAAGACAAGUCAGAUCACGUUUCUUCACGUCUAUCACCAUGCCUCUAUGUUUAACAUCUGGUGGUGUGUUUUGAACUGGAUACCCUGUGGACAAAGCUUCUUUGGACCAACCCUGAACAGCUUUAUCCACAUCCUCAUGUACUCCUACUAUGGACUGUCUGUGUUCCCAUCUAUGCACAAGUACCUUUGGUGGAAGAAAUACCUCACACAGGCUCAGCUGGUGCAGUUCCUGCUCACCAUCACGCACACACUGAGUGCGGUUGUGAAGCCCUGCGGCUUCCCCUUUGGCUGUCUCAUCUUCCAGUCUUCCUAUAUGAUGACACUGGUCAUCCUGUUCUUAAACUUUUAUGUUCAGACAUACCGGAAAAAGCCUCUGAAGAAAGAAAAGCAAGCGCCCCCUGUGGGGAAAGGAGUGAAGAACGGUUUUCCCAAAGCCCACUCCACUGCAGCUAACGGACUGAUGAACAAGAAAGCACAGUAGAACAAGGGGGUGGGGAGCACAAACACUGUACUAGCUCAACAGAUGUGCCUGUUUUAAAGCAGAGACUGAAUUGAAAGUUGAAUGUUUUAGUAGAAACUAAUUCCUUUUGAGUUUGUAAAUCAUUUGUACCCAGAAUGUAUUAAUAUAUUGCUAUUAGGUUACUCUGUUAACUGAAUGCCUACACAUCACAGAAAUGAUGCUGAUGCUCCAAACCCCAAACAGGUGCACCUGCUCCUCGCCUUAUUCAGGCAGAAAACCAGGAAACACAGAGCUUUGUUUUUCAUGGCAAGUCUUCACAUAAAAAGUUAGUUUUGCUUAGAUUAAUAUGUGUAAAACAAAACGUUUAUUAUAUUGUAAUAACAGGGUCUGUUCUAGCCUACAUUAAGCAAUAAUUGUCUCUGCAUAAAUUAAUCAGUCCAUUUGUUCCUUUAGGAAUCAAUCCUAGAAGGCAUUUAGAUAGGAUCCUUAACAGAGGAGAGAAUCUAGCAAAAUUCUUCCUCUCUUAAGCUAGAGCCCUGUUUGUCAAAUUCUCGAAACCACUUCUGAUUCUAAACAGUGAUGUGGUAAUGAAAUUUAUUAAUCUUCAAGAUAGUUUGAAGAUCAGUCAUUACAUGAUAAAAAGUACUUCUUAAGCUGGGUGUGGUGGUGCGCACCUGCAACCCCAGCAUUUGGGUGCUGAGGCAGCCUGGGCUAUAUAUCUGUAGAAAUAUAGCAAGACUCUGUCAAAAACCAUAAAAAAAUCCUUCUGCCAAAUCCUCAUAGCUCAGGGGCUUUGGAUAGGAGCCAUUUCUCAGUUUUAAUUUGGUUUCCUUAUUUGGAUGUUCAUGUCUACCUCCCUUGUUAGUCUAGGUAAAUAAAGACACAUACUCCAUGUUAAAAGCUAAAUUUAGACAUGGCUGCCAUGUCUUUCUGAACUAAGACUGGAGUCUAAUCUAUACUUCUCCUUAGCAUGGAAAUGCUUUUGGAAUAUUUAGAAAUCAUAUAACAGAGCCCUGGUGGCAAAACAGACAUCAAAUUUGUCAACUAUUUCUUCUGAGCCUAUUCAAGAAUGUUACCAAAAUAGUUGCUAUUAAUCUUUGUAGAUCAUAUUUAAGUCUCAAAACAGAAAAGGAUGUAGUAGUUUGGAGAGAUUGUGUGGGCCAGGCACAAGCCACAGAACCUGGUCCCCUACACAGAAACGCAGUCUCCACAGAGAAGGACAGAGGCAGAGCAAGGCACUACUGGGCACGUCCCCUGAAUUGCUGGACCUUUACUAUUAAAGUAUACCAAGAAUGAAAGGUGUAUUUUCUAGACUUACACAUGCAAAACCAGACUUGCCUGCUUUGACACUUUAUCUUUCCUCCAUUUUAAAAACUGUCCUUAGGUCAUGGCUCUGGCACCCAGAGCACGGGCACCAGAAGGCGUUUUCUCCACCACCCCAGCAGAGGCACCCAUUUGUCUCUUGUUCCCAUUCCUCCCUCCCUGGGCAAGCUCUCAUCUUAAUUUUUCUGUGUUAAAAAGUGUACUGUUUAAACUUGUAAGUGCCCUGCGCUUUCUCAGUGUAGUUUUUGAAAAGUGUCGAGCAGUACAGUCCUUGUGUCCUGUGCCAUUCCUCACUCCUGACCAGCCUUCCUGUCGGUAUUCCUGCCUGACAGCCGCUCACUCUUCAGUGUAUUUUCUAAAUGAUUUUCUCAAACUUCUCCAAGGUGCUUACUCACUACUUGCAUCUCUGUGACUUACUCUGUUUCGGUGGCUUGUUCUCUCCCAGGAAUUCAUUUUGAGGGCUAGCUUUGAGUAUGUUAUUUUUCUUCUAUGACAGAACACAAAUUAAUCAAAGGAGAAAGUUCCUUGGCAAAACUUGAGUUCAAUUUUAGUUCUCAGAUAUGAUCUGAAAUUUGCUACUAAAGUGAAAAUGAGACUCAGUGAGGAGACAUCACUGGUCAUUGUCCCCAGGUUACUCUUGCCAAGGAGACACUGAAGUCUCACUGCACAUCAUACCUGCAGUUCAGGGCGUUCAUGACUUCACACUCUACAGCAAGGAGGUGGAGGUAAUCGGCUUUGGCAGACCCACAAAGGCAGCUGCCAAGUACCAGCCAGCUUUAAACCUGUCAGAGCAAAGCCUAAUGAAACACUUAGCCUUAAGCCACUCAAGGGCUGAUAAAAUAUGCAGAGCUAUAAAACCUGAGCUAUGAAAAAUGGAGUCUGGUAAAUAUUUUAGCCUGUUUACUUUUAGUGUGAUCUUCCUAAAACAGAAGCAUUAAAAAAGUUGUUCUCUCUAUAAUGGACAAAAUGGAGAAUGUGUUUUCCCAGGUUUUAUUCAUGGGAACAAAAGCACUUCGGUGAAUACUAUAAAGCCUGUCUUGGUAAUUCCUCUAACUUUUAAAACAAAAUGGAGUGUUUGCUGAAUGUAAUUAAGCACAGAAAUUUUCAACCCAUCAGAAUUACAUUUACUCAUAUUGGUGGAUAAGUUCCUGUUCACCCCCAUCAGAGAAGUACUUUAUUUUUGUUUUAUUUAUGGAAAAAUGGUGUUUACUAUGAUAGGCAGAAAGCAUUUUGUAUGUUAGCGAUCACUCUAUCCUAGUCCUUCCCAACAUUUCCCUGUCAUUUUGAGAAUGUUCUGGAGGUCACCUCUUUAGAAAAAUGAGGACAUUAUCUUUGGUUUUCCUUUGAAAGCCUCACAUCUGAAGGUCACAGCAUCACCACCAGGGUAGACAGGGAGGAGAAGCCAUUUUUCUUUUAGAUAAAAAAAAACAUUCUGUAUGAUUGUUGUAUAAUAAAAUGAUUUUUACACUAA